AUGUCUGCGCUCCUCCGCCUGUGCCCGCUGUGGCUCGGGCUCCUGCUGGUUCGGUUCUCCCAAGAGCAAAGCUACGCGAGCGGAGCCCGAAAGCUGUGCGGCAGGCACCUCCUGAGAGGCAUCGUGAAACUCUGUGGAGAUGCCGACUGGAGCCACUUCAUGGAGAACACGCCCUUCAGAAAGCAGCUGGCUCUCCAGGCCAUGGAGAAGGUGGGAAGCUUCCUCCCUGGCCGGGCGAAAAGCUCCCCAAAUGCUUUCCGGGCCCGGGGGAGAGGCACAGACGCAGUCUCUUCUACUGCCUCUCAGGAAGAAGCAACAAACAAUUUGGAGAUACAGUCACCUCCUGAGUAUCAGUAUAACAAGGCCAACUUGCUACCUAAUAAGACAAGAGAACUUGCCUCAUCACAAGAUAUCAGUUCAUAUGUUCAUGAGAUUGUAGGAUUUCAGAAGCAAAAUACAAACAAAAUUAAAACCUUAAGGAAAUUGUUUUGGGGGAAUCAUCCCCAAAGGGUACGCAGAGGAUAUUCAGAAAAGUGUUGUCUUAGAGGAUGUACAGAAGAAGAACUUAUUAUUGCAUGCCUUCCGUAUAUUGAUUAUAAAAACUUAAAGAAAGAGGAGUCUCAGUUGUGACUAAGAUGUACUAACCAUCAUAGGAAUUAUACUAACUUAA